CGAGCUGUCCUCAAGUCCCCCAUGUCCCCCGAGACCCCACAAGAGAACUUCGAGGACCUCUCGCUCGACUCCCCUCCCGCGUCUCCGACACACGCACAGGACGACGCAGGGGACAUCGGCGCCGAGCUGCCAGUCUCGCCAACAAAGAUCCCCAUCUCGAGCUCAACCUCGGAUCUCAGCUUCACACUCUCUCCACCACCCACAGAAAAACCCGACACACUCUCGCUGGCGAAAGACGCGUCCAGCACAUCACUAGAGCACCCGCACCCCGCCCAGUCUCCUGAAUUGGCGGAUGAAGAUGGAGACAUCGGCGGUGGCCUCCCUUCAAUACCACCCGAAACGCCUCCGAAACCCAAAGGUGCUCAUCCCCUCUCCCCUCUAUCGCUCAGCUCUGCGCAUCACAACAGCGAUCCUCGGCUCAGUCGCGUCCUGACGCGUUCACCUUCGCCAAGCUAUCGGUCAUUUAACCUUUCAAAUGGGCACGGCAGAGAGGAUAGCAGAGAAGACUUGGAGCUACCGGCAUCCCCAACAAGAGUUCCUCUUCCAGGAUCCACGUCGAGUUUGAGCUUGACCCUGUCUCCACCCCGCUCGGCGCCCUCGCAUACUCUCGCUUUUAGAGAAUAUUCGUCUUCUGCAUCACUAGAAGACCAGACAUUCCAGUCACAUCCGGAGCAGCUCGAGGAGGGAGAUGGGGAUCUUUCGGCACCUUUCGAAUCUAUACCCCUGAGCACGACCCCUCCCGCCCCUACUGCGCCUGCUGCGCCUCUGCCCUCCUCGCCCCGCGACAAACUAUCUCCACAAAACACCCCAGAUAAGCGGCGGUCAUGGAGUGGAUUUGGGAUAUCAAACGGAGAGAGAGUGGCACAUGGUCAACUACCAGAACACCCGCCUUUACCCCCUCCUCCGUUAGAAGUCCAAAGGGCGAAGAGUGCGGGGGAUGUUCCCCAAGAAGACGGGGAUGAACCUCCAGAUAGCGUAAAAACGUCUGCCUCUACCCCUACCCCUGCCCCUCGCCGAGCUGCUCCACCUCCCCAUCCUUUCCCAUGGCCGAUCCCUACCUCUCCUCCCCCUCCAAACCCGAAGCGGUUAUCAGCCAUGUCUACGACUUCGAACGCGACCCACGUCUCCCAGGCAUCUACCUCCACAUCACAGCCUCAAGCGAUGCCUGCUUUGGGAGUGAAAGGCUCAAGCACAUUUGAGAAGGUCAUCUCGCAUACCAGGCCCGCGUGGCUACCACCAAAAGACAAGACGGAAGAUGUGGGGCAUCUGCAUCAAUGGGAGGAUAUGAUGAAACAUGCGAGGGAGCACGAGAAGGUUGUGUCGAAGCAGCAUGAGAAGCAGAAGCUAGAGAAGGAAAAGAGGCUGGCGGCGGAAGCGCCGAAAUGGGAGAAACUGCUGGAUGAGAAAGACUUUUCGGCGCAGAGGGUUAGAAAUGACCCAGAAAUAAGAAGAUUGUGGUUUGAAGGAAUACCGAGUCAUCUGAGGGGUAGAGCGUGGAGUUUGGCGGUCGGAAAUCCUCUUGCACUGUCCAAGGAUGUGUACAAACCAUACCUGAGCCGAGCUCGGAAGGGUCUGGCCAACGAGCGCUUCCCCGCGGACCUGUUGGAAACAAUAGAAAGAGAUCUCGACAACACACUCGUCACUCUCAACGUCUUUUACCGGGGCAGUCCUUUGAGAGAUGAUCUAAAAGAGUUGAUCUGUGCCUGGCUGGUAUACAGAAGCGACGAGGGUCUGGGAUAUGCAAGUCUGCAAGACUCAAGCUGAGACAUCGCUGACGAUACAUAGGCACCAUAUAUCACCCUCAUUGCUGGUAUCCUCCUCCUCGCUUCUCCACCCGCCACAGCUUUCCAUACCCUACUCAACAUCCUUGCAGGCCCCGUCCUCCGCGCCUUCUUCACCCCCCUCCCUUCCGAGAUCGCAGCCUACUACCGCGUCCUCGAAAACCUCCAAGCCGAUCGAUAUCCAAAGAUCUACGCAAACUGCAAGUCCCUCGGCGUCGGUGUACCGCAAAGUUGGUUCCAGAGUUUGCUCGUGGAGCAGCUCGGGUUCGAAGCGAGCUGUAGGGUCUGGGAUCAAGUCUUUUUGGAUGGAGAAGGAUAUAUCUUUAGAGCGGCGUUGGCGAUCUUUGGGUUCUUGGAGCCGAGAUUGUAUUUUCCUGAUAAAGAUGAGGUGCUCUCGGUUUUGGAGGGGCAUAAUCCUGCUUCAUUGGCGAUUAUGCGGCGGGAGAAGGAAAGGGCGAGUAUGAGAGGCGAGGUAUGGAGUGAAGGCGUGGACGGGACUUUGACGUCGUUUGGGUUAAAUGAGGGGCAGCUGUUUGCGGCGCUUGAAGAGGACGGGUGGAGCGAGAAGGACUUUGAGAGAUUGGUGUUGAGAGAGAUGCCGGAUGUUUAGAUUUGGUCACGGUUCUCGCCUUGAGGGAUGAUAGAUAUCUUAUACACCCAGCAUACAUACCUUGUUGCGAGUACAUGACAAAUUCUUGACAAUUAGAACCCCUGACCUUAUCAGCACGCUCUUCAUCGAAUACUGCAAACGGUGCUGGC